GCGUCGCUUUUCAGUUGGUUGGUGAAUUCGUUUUGCUUCUGGGCUGGGAUCGUUCUGGGGUGGUGCUCCUGCAGAAGCAUAGUAGUCUUCGGCUGGUGGUGUUCCAGACUCCUGCAGCAGCGAUCCCGACCAAGAAGUAAUCCCAAGAGAAAUCAAGUUAAACAGAUAUAAGUCAAUUUUGAUCGCCACAAUUCAUUAUUCAAUAGCUUUGAGUUAUUACCUCGUUGCUAAAGCCACCAGGAUGAAGAUUACGAUGGGUCUGGAACAGAAGGAGGAGAAGAAGGAGACUAAAUCUGGUAGUGAUUUACACCAGUAUUUAGCCACGAUUACUGGUACAAUUGUAAUAGUUUGUACCGGAAUGCAUUUCGGUUGGCCUUCCCCAUCUUUACCUCAAUUAUUAGACGAAAGCUCCCACAUUCCCAUGACAAACGCUGAUGGUUCUUGGGUCGCAGUGAUGCCUUGUAUGGGAGCAGCCGUUGGUUGCUUUAUGGCCGUCGCAACGGUAGAUAGAAUCGGAAGAAAAAUAUCGAUGUUAAUUACCUCCCCACUUUAUUUCAUCGCAUGGAUUAUGGUGGCAUUUUCAAACUCAGUUGCGAUUUUACACUCAGCAAGAUUUCUCGCAGGAAUCGCCGACGGUAUUGCAUUCACAGCUUUACCGAUUUACUUAGGUGAAAUAGCCCGAUCGGCAAUCCGUGGUUUAUUAGGAUCGUUUAUACCGGUAACAACAAUUUUAGGUUUUUUAUUAAUUAAUAUAAUCGGUUCGAUGUUUGAUAUAACUUACGCAGCUUUGAUUUCGGCUUUAGUUCCUAUUGUACAUUUUUGUACGUUCGUUUUUAUGCCGGAAAGUCCUUAUUUUUUAUUGAUCCGUAACAAACCGGAUAGUGCAAGAAAAAGUUUAAGAACGUUUAGAGGAACGGACGAUGUUGAAUUAGAAUUAACACGAUUGGCAGAUGCCGUACGUGAAGAACAAGAAUCUUCGGGGAGUUUAUUAGAUUUAUUUCGCGUUCGAAGUAAUCGAAAAGCUUGUUUUAUCAUUAUGGGGAUUAGAGCUGUUCAGCAAUGCAGUGGAACAACCGCGAUUACUUUUUAUGCAAAAACGAUUUUUGAUGAGGCUGGUUCUAAUAUGUCUUCGAGCCACGCUGCGAUUAUUUAUUUUUCUAUUCAAUUAAUAGUAGCGACUUUAGCAUCUAUUUUAGUCGAUAAAACGGGUAGAAGACCUUUAUUGAUAUUCUCAAUAAUCGGUUCGGGUUUUGCAUUAGCAUCGGAAGGGAUUUACAUCUACUUAAAAAAUUAUACCGAAAUAGAUGUAAGCGAAUUAGAUUGGGUUCCAAUUAUGUCUUUAUUAACAUACGUCGUUAUUUUUAAUUUAGGAAUGGGUACAAUUCCUGUUUUAUUAUUAGGCGAAUUAUUCCCGACAAACGUUAAGGCGUUCGCUUUGUGUUUGGCCGAUAUUUAUUUCGGAGUAAUCGUAACGAUCGUUUCGAAAUUCUUUCAAAUUAUGAAGGACGAUUUCGGUAUGCACGUUCCGUUUUUCGUUUUUACGUCGUUUUGCGCGAUAGGGUUAGUAUUUAUUGUGUAUUAUGUGCCGGAAACUAAGGGAAAAACGCUCGAGGAGAUCCAAACUUAUUUACGUGGUGAAGAGAAGAAAUUGGAACAAUUUGAUUGUACAAAAUGUUGAUUGUGUUGAAACAAGAUUUGUAUUAAUCCUUGAAAUUAAGGAAAAAGUUUUUUGGUUACGAGAUAAUGAUAAUAUUUGCGAAAAAUUAGGUUAAUUUUAUCUCAAAUGUAUCAAGCAAACUUAUUAAACUGACGAAUAUCUUCAUUGGCUUCGUUCUAACUCUGAACAUUUCAAACAUAACCACUUUUGCUCAAUAUAGAGUAGUUGGAAGUAAA